GUAGGUGUAUCAAUCAAUGUUGAAAACAGACCCUUAUCUGCUUACACUUUUUUCCGUAUGCAAAUCGAUGGAACAAGUUAAGCAAAUCCACUUACAAACAAUCACACGAGGUUUUAGCCUGCACCCUUAUGUAUAUUCCAAACUUAUAACUUAUUAUUGCUCUACUAAACAACAUCCAGCAGGCAGUGUUGAUAACGCCCGCAAACUGUUUGACGUAAUUCCUGAACCAAACGUCUUCCUAUGGAAUACAAUGAUCAAGGGCUACAUUCAUACAAGUCGUAUACAAAAUGCUGUAUCUAUGUAUGUAAAAAUGUUGAGGAGCAAUGUGAAACCGGAUUGUUAUACAUUUCCGUUUCUGCUAAAGGGGUUUACACAACGGGUCGAGUUGGUUAAUGGGAAGGGGAUACAUUGUCAUUUGUUUAAGUUCGGGUUUGGUCCUAAUGUAGCCGCGGAGAUAUCUUUGAUACAUAUGUAUUCGUUAUGUGGGAGUUUGGAGGCCUCAAGAAAGGUUUUUGAUACAAGUUUAAAAAUGGAUGUUGUCACUUGGAAUAUCAUGAUUGCCGGCUAUAAUAGACGGAAAUUGUUUGAUGAAUCAAGAAAGCUUUUUCUUGAAAUGGAGGAAAGAAGAGUGGAACCUACUUUUGUUACUCUUGUUUCAAUGCUGUCGGUUUGUUCAAAAUUAAAGGACGUUGAUGGUACGAAGCACGUACAUGGGUUGGUUAAGGAGAGCAAGGUUGAGCCUAAUUUGGUAGUGAAUAAUGCUUUGAUUGACGCAUAUGCAGCUUGUGGGGAGAUGGAUGCUGCAUUGGCAGUUUUCGAGGGCAUGAAAUCCAGAGAUGUGAUUUCUUGGACUGCUUUAAUAUCUGGCUUUGUUAACGUAGGGAAAGUUGACAUAGCUCGUGAGUUUUUUGAUCAAAUGCUGGACAGAGAUUUGGUUUCAUGGACAGUAAUGAUUGACGGGUAUGUCAAACAAAAUAGAUUUAAGGAGGGUUUGAUGCUGUUUAAAAAUAUGCAAGAUGCAAAAGUAGAACCAGAUGAGUUCACCGUGGUCACCAUUCUUACAGCUUGUGCAAACACGGGUGCACUCGAGUUAGGUGAGUGGGUGAAGGUUUGCAUUGACAAGAAUAAAAUUAAGAUCAAGAAGGACAUUGUGGUGGGUAAUGCACUUAUUGACAUGUAUUUUAAAUGUGGGGAAGUGGGUAAAGCAGUGGAUGUUUUCGAGAAAAUCCCUGCAAGAGAUAAGUUCACUUGGACGACUAUGAUUGUUGGUUAUGCUAUGAAUGGAUUUGGAAAUGAAGCUAUUAACAUGUUCAAUUUGAUGUUGAAUGCGUCGAUAAAACCAGAUCAUGUAUGUUACCUUGGUGUUCUCAGUGCAUGUACUCACACAGGUAUGGUGGAUGAAGGCAGAAAGUUUUUUGCUAGCAUGACCAUCCACCAUGAAAUUGAACCCGAGGUUGAACAUUAUGGGUGUAUGGUUGAUCUUUUGGGACGGGCUGGGCUUUUAGCGGAAGCGUAUGAUCUUAUAAACAGUAUGCGGAUUAGACCAAAUUCGGUUGUUUGGCGUGCUCUCCUUGGUGCUUGUGGGAUCCAUAAGGAUGCUGAUUUGGCUGAAAUAGCAGCCAAAAAACUUGUUGAAUUGGAGCCAGAAAAUGGUGGGGUGUAUGUAUUAUUAUGUAACAUAUAUGCCGCUUGCAAUAGAUGGGAAGAUUUACGUGAAUUAAGAAGUCUGAUGAUGAUUAGAGGGGUAACAAAAACCCCAGGUUGUAGCUCCAUAGAGAUCUAUGGUAAUAUUCAUGAAUUUGUCGCACGGGACAGAUCUCACAUACGAUCUGAUGAGAUAUACGGAAUGGUGGAGAUGAUCACUGAAGAUCUGAGAGUUUCUGGGUAUGCUCCUCAGACUAGUGAGAUAUUUCUUAAUAUAGAAGAGUAGACAUAAGAAUUCAAUUUGGAUUAUAUGAUGAGACUUUUACAAAGAGACUGUUGUUGUAAGGGCUAACUGCAUAAAGGGACCUCAUGAGUCAUGUCUGCCAUUAACCCACAAGAUUUUGAAAGAGCAUGGCGCAUAAGUAUCGAUUGAAGUUGAAUAAAUUGCACAGACGCCCGACCUCUGCUUUAGAUGGAUUAUAAAAAUACUUCAUAAUUCAUUUUAUUCGAAUGCUUUGAAGGAGGGGAAGCCUGCCAAAUAGUAUCCUUCAGAUAAGGGUACCCGGGAUUUACAAUCUACAAAGCCAGUUUGAAGCCAUGAUUGAUCCAUAAUUCCAUAAUCCACCAUCAUAUUCUGCCAAGUUCAAGUCCCCCUGGUCUGGUUCACGCAUGUCUCCCGGCUUAUGUGGGGAAAACAUCAGCCAGAAGCAAUAGUGAGCAGUAUGCCAGGAGGCCCGGCCAGGACUUGAUGAGUUGAUCGAUAAGUACGUGUGCCUAGCUUGUAGACGGCCUCCCUCCCAACAUUUUGGGAUAAGUAAGUUGGUGUGAUAAACUCAGGUUCAAAUAGCUAAAUGCACAUAUCGAAUAGUUCUCAGAGACAGAAAUAAUUGUUUCCACACUAAAAAAUGUUUCUCAUUUUUUAUUUACUGUAAUAUAAUUUGGUUGCUAAUUUGAAGUUAAAUACU